AUGGUGCGGUGCAACUUCAGCACUUUUGAGGGCCGCGACAAGGUGGAGAUCACGGAGGAAGGAUCCCGGAAGCUCAAAAGUCGCAUCGACGUCAAGUACUUCAAGCCGUUCACGCGCUUAAUGGCCCGGAACUGCUUACUCGGAGACUCUGGUGAUCAAGCUGCAGGGUACGACAGCAGCCUGCCGCGGGAGCAGGAUGUACUUCCAAAUUUACCUGGUCAACUCGUUGGACUUCGGCCGGCCCACUUCGUUCGUGAUGUGCUGGACCCGCGUCGUGAGCGCAUUCUUCGCUUCUGGUCUGAUGUCGAUAUCGACCAGGUCGAGGAAAAUCAUAGCCAGCUGGUCACCGCCUACAACAACGACCCCGUCCUGCGCCGCACUCUUGACGAACACGACAAUAGCACCACUUUCGAUGACGCCCUGGGACGUCGCCCCUCGUUAAUGGCUGCGUCUGUGCGCGUUCUGCGGUGGACUAGCGACCAUCUACACUACCUCAGUCGAAUAUGA